AUGAAUUCCGUCGCCUGCAGAAUCGCAUCAGCACUUUCCCGCUUCGAAUCUGUGAGCAAAUCGGAGAUUCGGUACAACAGACUGCGCAGCGGCCUGGAGACUUUAAAAGCCAGGGCGAAAGUGGCUCGUCUUCAAUCCAAACUUCUCUCCUUCGUUGCACACUUUGGCAUGCUUACCGCCGCGGCCACCAUCCUCGUUUCUCUUGCCUUUGCUCGUUCAGCCUUUGGCUCGGUUGGUCCCGUCGCGGACAUCACGCUCGUCAACGCCCUGGUUGCCCCCGAUGGCUUCACCCGCUCUGCUGUCACCGCUGGUGGCACCAUUCCCGGUCCCCUCAUCAAGGCCAACGUCGGCGAUACAUUCCAGCUGAACGUUAUCGACGCGCUCACCGACAGCACCAUGCUUUUAAGCAGCUCCAUUCAUUGGCACGGCUUCUUCCAGGCUAACACUGCCUGGGCAGACGGGCCCGCAUUUGUUACUCAAUGCCCUAUUGCUCAGAACGACUCCUUUGUAUACGAGUUUUCGACUGUAGGACAGCCAGGCACAUACUGGUAUCAUUCCCAUCUUUCCACCCAAUACUGUGAUGGUCUUCGCGGCGCCAUGGUUGUCUAUGACCCCAAUGACCCACACGCUAGCCUGUACGACGUCGACGACGAUAGUACAGUCAUCACUUUGGCCGACUGGUAUCAUGCACCUGCUCACACACUCCCCGGCGCCCCCACCCUCGUUUCAACGUUGAUCAACGGUCUUGGCCGUUAUGCUGGUGGUCCGACCUCUCAGCUAUCGGUCGUGUCGGUUACUCAGGGGAAGCGUUAUCGCUACCGUCUUGUGUCGCUUUCAUGUGGCCCCAACUUCAAGUUCAGCAUCGACAACCAUACGAUGACGAUCAUCGAGGUCGACGGCGUCAACACCAAGCCCUUAACCGUGGACUCAAUCCAAAUUUUCGCUGGCCAGCGUUAUUCGUUUGUCCUCAAUGCCAAUCAAACUAUCGGAAGCUAUUGGAUCCGCACCGUUGCUAACAGUGGCACCCAAGGUUUCGCCAACGGCAUCAACUCCGCUAUUCUGCGUUACGCUGGUGCAGACACCUCAGCAGACCCAACAACUCCACUUGUGGCAGCAACCAACGCCAUGGUUGAAACUAACCUCCACCCGCUUGUCGCUCGUCCGGCUGCUGGUGCUGCUGUGCGCGGAGGAGCGGAUGUCAAUUUAAAUCUCGCCGUUGGUUUCUCUGGUGGACACUUUACCGUGAAUGGAGCCCAAUUUGUACCACCCACUGCGCCUGUCCUUCUCCAAAUCCUCAGCGGAGCACAUACCGCAGCUGAAUUACUCCCUGCAGGAAGCGUUUACACUCUGCCGCCCAACUCGGUCGUCGAACUCUCCAUUCCUGGCGGCUCUCCUGGUGCUCCCCAUCCGUUCCAUUUGCAUGGUCACAACUUCUGGGUCGUUCGCAGCGCCGGUAGCACAGCGUACAACUAUGUCGACCCCGUUAUUCGCGAUGUUGUGACCACAGGAACUUCGACGAGCGACAACACCACGAUCCGUUUUGAAACUGAUAAUGCCGGUCCAUGGUUCCUCCACUGCCAUAUCGACUUCCAUCUUGAAGUUGGCCUGGCGAUCGCUUUUGCUGAAGACACCGAUACCGUCGUCAACUCGGUCCAGCCCGACAAAUGGCACACCUUGUGCCCGACUUACAACGCGCUGACCCCUGCGCAGUUGGGCGGUCUUUGA